CGAACCCUUUCCUUUCUGGCUGCGCACGAAUGGUUUCGGUAACCGUGCCCAGGCCGCCCGUUCCGCGCGCGAGCUCCUGCGUCUCCGGCGUUAUUAUUAUUAUAUAUUAUAUGUUUAUAAAUAUUUAUAGUCGCUUUUCGGUCUUUUCUCCGUAAUGGCGUGAUUAAGGCACGAGACAAAAAGAAGACCGGGCUCCCACUCGGACUUUAAAGGACCCCCCUCCCCUUCCUCCCCCCUCCCCUCUCUCUCUCUCUCUCUCUCUCUCUCUCUCUCUCUUUCUCUCUCUCUCUCCCUCCUCUUCAUGCGCCACCACCGACCGGUCCCGGGCACCGGCAGCGCGAGCUCCACCGACACCACAACCAGCUCCACCAAUGCCACUCGCUCGUGCGACUGCAGCGCGUCCCAGCAGCCGCGGGGAAUGGAGAGAUCUGAACUGGAGUUUGUUCAGAUAAUAAUCAUAAUCGUGGUGAUGACCGUUAUGGUGGUCGUGAUCAUCUGCCUGCUCAACCACUACAGACUGUCAGCCUUCUUCAGCCGCCACCGCCGGGGUGGAGCCAUGCAGCCAAGCGGAUGUUCGUGGCCCACAGACAGUCUGGUGACACAACAAGGAGCCACAGAGGUUAUGUUCGGGCCACGGAGUUUCGAUCGCUUCGUACCUCCUUCAUUUAUCCAGAGGGAGCAGUCGAGCCGUUUCCAGCCCACAUACCCACAAAUGCAGACACAAAUCGAGCUCCCGCCCACAAUCUGCCUGUCAGACGGCGAGGAGCCGCCACCCUAUAAAGGACCCUGCACUCUUGCCCUGAGAAGCCCCGAGCAGCAGCUGGAGCUGAGCCGUGCCUCUGUACGAGCUCCGCCCAAUCGCACUGUCUUUGAUAGCGACAUCAUGGACGUUUAUGGGCCCAGGCCGCCCAGCACACACUCGGGCAAGAGCGCCUCGUACUCACGCCUUCAGGGGCAAGGACCACCACCCACUUACAGCGAUGUGAUUGGUCAAUCUUACCCAAACUUCACCUCCUCCUCCUCCCCCUCUUCCUCUUUCUUGCACCAGCACAGCAAUAACGCACCGCCGUCCAAUCAGAGGAAGGCAAAGGAUGGAAGACGCGACAAACCGACUUGACUGACAAGCACAGAGUGGGAGGGGCUGUGCUCUUUAGACCCUGUUCAUAAAUAUGCGAAAGGGGGUGUGGCUUCCCUCCAAGCACUCGCUCCCUUGCACAAUUUAAUAAUCCAGAAAAUCAAGGAACCAAGCUUAAGUGGAUCUCAAUUUUUUACUUUUUUUAUUUGAAUUAUUUUGCUACAACUUGUGGGCCUCGUGUGGAUGUUCAGGCUUGUCGCAACUUCUCUGUUCCUGUGUUUUUUAUGCUUUCAUUUAUUUAAGAUAAUCGUCUUUUUUUUUUUUUUUUUUUUUUUGCAAAUUGCUCAAGAAACUACGCAGGAUAUAGGAUUUUUUUUUAUUUUUUUUUUAUUUUUUUUUUUUUUUAUGUUAAUGCACAAAAAAAUUCUUAAUUUAUUAACCAAUCAAAAUCCAAAUCGGAGUGCCAUGAUUUGUGUAAUUUUUACUUAAAUCUCAGUGAUAUCAUCAAAAUGCAGAGAAAAAAUCUACAUUGCACUAACUUUAACUUAGUAUUUUUACUUUGGUUUGAUUCUUCACAUAUUUUAGUCUUCAUUUCACUUUUGUUUCUUAAAACUAGCGACUUCUGUUCCAGCCUAAAAAAAUCCAUUUUAACCCACAAGAUGGCACUUGAAAAGGGGGUGUUGUUUAAAUUCUGUUCAUUUUAAAGCAUCAUUUUCAUCUUUUCAAAAUAGCACUUUAAAACUCGCUCGCUUCAGCAUGGUCCAAAUGCAAGGGAAUCAUGGGAAACGUACUCUUAUGCACAUCCACACGCUGAGCACGUCACUGGCCAGUUGAUCUACGCUUCUUUCUUCACACACGGAAUGUUUUCUAAGAACCGCCUUGAGAACCGGGAACCGCUGGUGCAUAAAUUCACUAAUGCUUAGAAAAAAAUUCAACAAAUUAGUUAUGAGGUAUUCCUUUGAUACAACUUUUAUUUGUUUCCUGUUUCGCUGAAACGUUGGCCAUCUUGUUGUGGAACGAGUUACGUUUCAGUAAAAUCAGUAAAACUGUAGAGUUACUAAAGAUAACGUUUCUGUGAUGUUUUAAUGUCCAGCGAUACAAAAGCAAACAUCUUGGGAACUAAAAAUGUUGCAGAAAUGUUAUGAAAUAUUCCUCAAAAACAUCCAAUUGAACCUUCUGGGAACCAAACGCAAUGUUCUAAAACGUUCUGCUAACCUUAAGAUGUUGCAGUUUUGAAAGCACACUCGUUCACGGAGAGGAACGUGUACAGGAACGACCUGUAGACAUCCACAUCAGCAUGCUAACUGGCUAGCCUCCAUCCAAACACGCUAACCACCACUAAGCUUUAUCUUAAUUUGUUCAACUUCAAAGUGAGCUUAGCAAAAAUGCUGCUUGCAAUUAAACACCGUAGUUCCUUUGCAAGGAUACCUAAGCUAAUUACAUCAGUGCUUUAAGGCUAACUAGCUAAUUACCCAGUGCAGGUGUUACCUCUCAUGCUAAUAGUUAACUAAGUUUGCUAACAAGAUAGCUAUUGUUUGGCUACUACUAUACUUUGUAAUUGAAAAAAGGAUUGCUAGUAAGCUGACAUCAAAUAAUCUGUAGGAAAAAAAGCUAAUUAAUGAACAAUUCUUGAAACAUGUUUGAUAAUAUUAGGUGGAUUUGUAAAAGUUUACACUUCAACCGUCACCAGAAACAUCUUUAGUUUUUACUGCCAUCUUAAAAAAGUUAGAAAUUCUGCACUCAGUGCGACUCCAUCGGCUCUCACUCGUUGUUCCUCAUUUUGUGUGUAUGUGUGUGCUCGAGGUCCUGCUGCUAUGCUAACGCUAACGUUAUUGCUAAUGCAAAUGCUAAUGCUGCUCUCCAGUGUCUCAUGUUUAUGUUUAAGUACUUUUGCGUGUUUUCUUUCUUAUGUUCUUCUGUGUUUCUUUUGUGUUGUGUAUUUCUGUUACGUCUACACUUUAGAAACCUCUUAGUGUUGAUUAUAUUUUGACGUUUGUUGCAUGUUUCUACGAGCAGAUUUGGUGCCUAAAAGUUGUGGUAAAGCAGAAAUAGGAACCUUUUCACUUUGCACUCCGAACCCCAAACAACACCCUAACAACCCUCUAACAACCCCAACCCAAACACCCCCUAAAACAAACCCCUCCACCCAAAAAAUCCCCCCCCCACCUUUGUUGUGCCUCACUUCCUACGGUGCUUUUUUCACAAGUCCGACUUUGUUUAUUCGUACUGUGCUGUAUAAAUAUAUAACUUGAAAAUAUUAUGCACAUAUCCUACCCAAUGGGUAGACAAAAAAAAAAACACAAGAGAACAAAUGUUAAUACUGUAAUAUAAUGUAUAGAAGAUAUUACGGUGAGAAAUUUAACUUGGCGGCAUCUGGUUUUUUGUGAAUGCCCUACAAUUGUGCUUUUUGUCUUUUGUAAAAAAUUUAAAAAAAAACUAAAGUUAUAAAGAGGUAAUAAAAGAAUACUACAGUAUAGUCAAAACAUAAGUUACAAAAAGUACUUCUUCUAUUUUUUUCCAAUAUCUGCUAUGUGAUAAUUACGAGGCGGUCGCAUAAAGGACAACACUCGCUGCUGCUUUUAUAACUUCCAGAGAAAUGAUCAUUAUUAAUGCCAGCGCUUGCCAUUUAUUUAUUUGACUUUUUUAAUUAUUAUUAUUAUUAUUAUUACUAUUAUUAUUAUUAUUAUUUAGUGAGUGAUAGAUGUUUGGACUUUAAAGUAACACAGAACAGAAAAGCUGUAUCUUAUUUCACCAAACAGACACGAAUGGAGAGAUAACAAAUAAAGGUUUUAAACGCUA